AUGAUAGCGCACCCUGUUGACCUUGGCAGUUUGUGUUCGCCAGCGAAUCUAGUCAGUGGUCAUGUCGGAUAUACGGACCUUAUUACUUUGCUCUUCUCGACCUCAAUCUACACCACCGUACGGGAUAAACUGCGAUCGGUGAGCGGGAUGUAUGGUUCAGCUCUCCUCCUUCUACUGAUUUUUGCCACCCUCCUGUAUUUGGCAAGAUGGUGCUUGAUUGGGUGGCAGCCGGAGGAGGCACAGGAAGACCUCAAAAGAGUUGAAGGCUUCAAGAGCAGCAGUGGCUCCAGGAACAUUGUUGAGCGGAUAAAGGGAACGGAAACUAAUUUGGUCGUUUUCUUCGGAUCGCAAACUGGUACAGCCCAAGAUUAUGCGUCUAAACUGGCCAAGGAAGGCCACUCACGAUUUGGGCUGGCCACUCUGGUCGCCGACCUCGAAGACUAUGACUACGAAAAUCUGGCUGACUUUCCCCGUGACUGCAUUGCGAUCUUUGUUCUGGCAACUUACGGCGAAGGAGAACCCACUGAUAACGCCGUUGACUUUUAUGAAUUCAUCACGGCCGAAAAUCCGCUCUUCGCCACGGAUGAUGAAGCACCUUUGGGAGCAUUGAAGUACGCGGCGUUCGGCUUGGGUAAUACGACAUAUGAGCACUACAAUGCUGUGGUGCGGCGGGUGGACAAAUGUUUAGAAGCCCAUGGUGCUUCCCGGCUCUGUGAAACGGGUGAAGGGGAUGAUGGGGGCAACAGAACAACAGAAGAGGACUUUUUGACCUGGAAAGAGACCUUGUGGAAGACAAUUUCAGCGCACAUGCACCUGGAAGAGCGGGAGGCCAUCUAUGAACCCGGCUUUGACAUUCAAGAAACAGAUGCCGAACCCAAUGCACUGACUGUGUAUCUCGGAGAACCAAAUGCGGCCCACCUCUCCGGAGUGCAGCGGGGCCCAUAUGGGGUGCAAAAUCCAUACCUUUCCCCCAUAGUGCAGUCUUAUGAACUAUUCACCAUGCCAGGGCGAAACUGUCUGCAUGUGGAGUUCGAUAUCACAGAAUCUACGCUGGCUUACCAGACGGGCGAUCAUUUGGGGAUCUGGCCGAUGAAUGCGGAUAUGGAGGUGGAGCGCUUCCUGAGGGUGUUCGGACUUCUUGAGAAACGGAAUACUGUUUUCAGCAUUCAUGUCGACACCCAAGGCAAGGUUCCUUUCCCAUCGCCCACCACCUACGAAGCUGCAGUUCGGUAUUAUCUGGAGAUUUGUGGCCCAGUCUCGCGGCAGUUCCUUGGUACUCUGGCUCAGUUCAGUCCCACAGAUGCCGUUCGCGCGAGCAUGGCAAAGUUGGGCCAGGACAAAGAUUUAUUCCACCAAGAAGUGGCGGUGAAAUGCAUGACCUUGGCACAACUGCUGGAGAGGCUGAGCCCUUCUCACGCUUUCUCUGGCGUGCCGUUCUCGGCCAUCGUUGAGGGUGUGCGGAGACUCCAGCCCCGGUAUUACUCCAUUUCGUCGUCCUCGCUGAUUCAAAGCAAGAGAAUUGCUAUCACUGCAGUGGUGGAAUCUCGGCCAGUGGACUCGGAUGCGAAGUUUUUGAAAGGGGUUGCCACAAAUUAUCUCCUUGCCCUGAAGCAGAAGCGAUCGGGAGACGUCUCUGCGGAUCCGAAUGGAAGGACUUACAACCUCGACGGCCCUCGGAACAGAUACGUCUCCAAAGUACCACUCUUCGUUCGGCCCUCCAGUUUCAAACUUCCCUCUGACGCAUCCUUGCCACUGAUCAUGGUUGGUCCCGGCACGGGUGUAGCUCCCUUCAGAGCCUUUCUCCAGGAGCGGUCGGCCCUGGUAAAGUCGGGCCAGAUGGUUGGCAAGACUGUUCUCUUUUUCGGGUGCAGGCAGCGAUCAGAAGACUUCAUAUACCAAAAGGAGUGGCAGGAGCACCAGGCCACACUCGGUGAUAGGUUUCAACUUGUGACCGCUUUCUCACGAGAGACGUCCAAGAAGAUCUACGUCCAACAUCGCCUGGCCGAACUAUCCGACAUGAUCUAUGAGCUCUUGCAACACAAGGCAUACUUUUAUGUGUGCGGUGAUGCGGCGCGUAUGGCCAAAGACGUGAAUGAUGAGCUUGUACGUAUAGUGGCUCGAGGAAAGGGGGUGCCAUUGAAGGAGGCUGAAGGCUAUGUCAAGAUAAUGAGAAGCUCUGGUCAGUAUUUGAUGUUUGGUCAUGAGGUCUACUGGCCGCUACAGGAGAUCAAUCUCCCCAGAGUCAAGAAUCUGAAGGUAGAAGGUGGAGGGGGUCAACAGACGUACUGGAAGACAGUGUGUGGUCCAUUGUUGUCCUACUGCCAAGCCGCAUACAUGUUGCAAAGCCCCCUGACUUCCCUGCAGGAGGAGUACCCAAGUAUUGAUAAGACCUACGACUUCCUGCAUUUGCCAAAAAGCACGGAUCAUAAACCCGAGUUUGAAAAAGAGGAGCAGGAAAUUCUGGAGCAGCUGUAUAAAGGAUGGCUGCGCUACUGGAACAAAGAAUCCAUGCACGACCCGGGAGCCGGCAAAUCGCGCAGAUUCUACGACUUCGACGAGAUGCUGAGUUAUGAUAUGUUCGGGACUACUCUGCGCGGGAGGUUCAAUGAACACUUCGAGAAUGUUUUCCCGUAUUAUGUCGAUGGGCAGAUGGAGUAUAAAGAUCUAGAGAUCGUUGUUCUUUCACCGACUCACGCCUACUCGACAUGCUACCAGCAUACGUGGGGAAAGGCUGGUGGGGAUCCGUUUAAUAUCACGUUUCGAAGAACUGGAAUCGCGAGGAAAAAGGACGGCCAGUGGAAAUGGAUCCACGAGCAUCUUUCGUUCCCUGUGAACAUGGCCACGGGACAAGCGGACUAUAAUUGUGAAAGCAAAGCAUUGGAGUCCUUCAAGUUUCAGGAAUGA